AUGACGAUUACAACCAAGGGUUUGGUGCCCGAAGAUCACCGAUUUUGUUACAAAGUGCAAGACUUGUCCUUAGACUAUUGCUAUGAGUAUUUAGAUGCUGAAUUGUGUUUAACGUUAUCUUGGUUCCCUCGUGUGGUAGAUGUAAGUUUGGCAUCUACUCAUAUUACUGACAGAGGUUUAGAAACCCUCGCAAAAUAUUGUCCAUCCAUAGAGACAGUUAACCUCUCACGUUGCGGAUCAAUUACUGAUUCGGGAAUAAAUUUUCUCUUGCAAAACUGUCACAAACUGCGUACACUUUAUACUGGAUCCUGCAGCAGUAUCACAGGUAUAGGUUUUCUUGAGUGUCCAAAGACGUUAACCCAUCUUGAAGCAGGCGGGUGCAAACUUACACCAGAGGGGAUUAAUGCGCUUGUUAGUGGCGGUGGGCUUGAAAUUUUAUCUCUCUUAACACGGGAAGAUGAAUUGGCCGAGGUUGGAGAAGGAUCCAUAAAUACUGAAGCAGUUAUGAUGAUUUCAAAAGGUUGCCCUUUGCUAAAAAAACUGUUCCUAUCAAAUUGUGGAGGGGUGGAGCUUCAAGGAUGGGAAGCUAUUGGUCGUAAUUGCAAAGAUUUGGAACUCCUUAACGUGUAUGGGUGCAAAAAGUUUUGUGAUUCAGGGUUGCAAGCUUUGUGUAAUGGCUGUGACAAGCUUCAGAGUUUAUUUAUAGAUGAUGAGAAUAGUUGUAGCAGGCCUGCUCUUGAGGAUUUCAAGCGCAAAAAACCUGGGGUGAUUAUUCAUCUCCAUGAUAUUUAUGCUGAAAUAAUUAUGUCCGAAAUGAAGAAUGUGAAGAAGGAUAAAACUGAAGAAUGA